CAGUGACACAUGACAGUAUUGAUUGCGCGCGGCGUCGAUUGCGUUAUUGUGUUCCAUUUUAUAAUAAACCAAGUAAAUACAAUGUCUACACCAAAAGCAGAAAAAGAUUUACACUUGCCUCUAUCUAGAGUAAAAACUAUUAUGAAAAGUUCUCCAGACGUCGAAGCAGUUGGCCCGGAACCACUAUAUUUAGUGACAAAAGUUACUGAACUCUUCGUGACGGACUUAGCGAAACGAGCGUAUAAAAACAGCGGUAGUAAAUUUUUGGAGUACAAACAUAUUGCUGAUGUUGUUCAAGAGGACGAUACACUAGAGUUUCUCAGGGAGAUAAUGCCGCGGAAGAUAACCGUGCGCGAGUUCAAGGAGCUGAUGGCGAAGAAGGCGGCGCGCGGCGUCCGGUCGGACGACGAGUCGAGCGAUGAGUCCAGCGACGAAAGCGAGACCUCCAGCGACAACCAAGACUGACAAAGAAAGAAGCGAGCUAGACGUUAAUUAGUUAAACUAUGGACUCAAACAUUUGUGAUUGUUCAUGGCUAAAGGGUCCUUAUGGCAGUAACUUUUGUGUUUUUUCUGCCUUGCCAUAAGGACCCUUUAAGGGCUUUAUGGACGGUCUUAUUAUUUAAAAAAUGUAAUAACAAACAUAACCUGCUCAUGGCAGGCAUUUGUUUGCACAUAUAUUUUCUUAUACCACCUUUAUAUUCACAUAAUGAACUAGGAACAAAGAUGGUGUUGUGUAAACUGAUCAACUAGAAAUAACGGACUCUAAUUCGUUCCCACCCCAUAUAACUUCCACAUUUUUGCAAUAGAGGCUGGUGGGAAUUAUUCAUAGGAAUAGAAUGGAUGGGAAUGAACUUACCUGUACCCAGCAGGGACAAUGAGAAUAAUCACAGGAUAAAUUGCAUUCUUUUACUAUGGUUUAUGAUUUAAGUUAAAUAUUUACUUAGUUGAUUCGAAUGUUGCUGAAUGUUGCAUGCAUGAAAAAAUGUUACAUCUUAAAUUUAAAUGUUAAUGAAAUGACUAAUGUGUAAAAUAAUAAUCAUGCACAUUUAAAAACUGUUAUGUCUCUCCUAUACCACAUAACCUCAUACCACCCAGUUUUCCGAUUUUUAAUUUGUAACUUUUAUUUCUAAAGAGUUUUAAAUUCAAAUAAACAUGUACUUGAGGAAUUACGAAGAUAAUCUAGGUAAUAAUAAUGUAAAUGAUUUGCACUUAGAUUAGAGUUAAAUAUAAUUGUGGAAGUAAUGAUGUUCAUACAGUGAUUUAAAUAAGUAUGAAAUGAAAUUAUGAUUGUACUUAAUGUUAUGAUAGAUAGCUCAUCUUUAUCUUGUGUGUACAUUUAAAACACAUUUUAGUACAAAACUGAAUACAAUGACAAGAAUAGUCUUUUUUUUAUGUAACAUAGUUAUGACAAAACCUAUAGUUGCCUAGUUAUCACUAUUUAAACUAACUUUUAAAUGAAAUGUAACUUAAAUGAAGUGUUAAAAUAAACAG